GAUUCUAAUGGGAUUUCUUUGGAAGAUUUGGGUGAAGAUAUGAUGAACUAUGAAUUAUCAGAUUCAUCCAAGAAAGCACGAGAGGAACAUCAGGCAAUACUUGACGAGUUUGAACGAAAGAAACGUGCAAGGACUUUAGCUGUGCCCACCGAUGACGGUCGCGUGAGAGCAAAACUUAGAGAACUUGGUGAACCACAAUGUUUGUUUGGAGAAGGUCCUGGUGAUCGGCGUGAUCGUUUGCGAUAUUUACUAUCAAAAUUAGAGGGUGCUGAAAUAGUUCCCGAUGAAGAUGAGGAAACUGAGAGCGAAUCUGAGGAAGAAGUACAUGUUCAACAUAUUGACGAAAUAGUGGACUCAGUUCGUAUUUGUAAAAUCAAGAGGGAGGAAGAAUUUUUCACUCAAGGGACUUUAGAACUUUUGGAAGCUCGUCGAUGGAUUACGAGAUAUUCUUUACCAAGAGCCAGAGACCGUCUUCGUAAGCAACGAGCCGAGUACGAUUUACCACUACCCCAGAUAAAAUCUGUGAGAAAAGAUUUAUUUACAGGAUUAAAGGUAAGAGCUGUUAAUUAUUCGUCCUAUGCGAACUUUAGCUCACAAAUUGGAGAUGAUCGUCCAAUUUCACAAUGUGUUUUCUCACCUGAUUGUAGUUUAAUUGCUACUGGUUCUUGGUCUGGACAUGCUGAUCGUAUUGGUGGUGUUGCAUGGCAUCCACAAUCUACCCUUUCUAUAGACAAGAGUGUAGUAAACCUAGCUUCGGGUGCAGCUGAUGGUUUAAUUAAUUUAUGGUCUUUGGAAAGUGAUUCACCAUUGGGCACUUUCGAUUAUUCAUGGCGCCUUUGGGAUAUUGAAACCACUGGGGAAUUGUUACUUCAAGAAGGACAUUUUAAAGAAGUUUAUGCAAUUCGAUUUCAAAAUGACGGCGCUUUAGUGGCUACUGGGUAUUUAAUUAUUGGAUUAGAUGCUAUUGGACGUGUCUGGGAUCUAAGGACGGGACGAUCUGCUAUGGUCUUAGAAGGGCAUGUUAAAGACAUUUUGGAAUAUUCAAGAUACUUAUACGUUUUUGCUGCUUUCGGUCAAAUAAAUAACAGUCUUUCUGUUAGCUAUCAAGUUGCUACUGGAAGCGCGGAUAAUACUAUACGAAUUUGGGACAUUCGGACUUUGCGAUGCACCUAUACUAUUGCUGCGCAUAAAUCUCUUGUAUCUGAUGUGAGAUUUUUUCACGCUUCAUUAGCGUUUAUCAGUGAAGAGGAUGCCAGAGGUAUUAAACCAACAGUAUCCGGAUUAUAUUUGGCAAGUUGUGGUUAUGAUGGUUUUGUGAAUAUUUGGUCUGCUGAUGAUUGGAGUUUGCUUAAAAUAUUGGCUGGACACGAUGGAAAAGUAAUGGCUGUUGAUAUUUCCUCAG